CAAUUGGAAUAGUAUUUAGUGCCCAUUGUGUACGUUGCCCAUGCGUCGGUAAUGGGCCGCGCAGUGCAUUUUGGGUGAAUCUGGGACAAGGAGAGCGCUCCUUUUAAGGAGUGAAUGGGAGUCAAUUGGUCGCUAGCUCAAAAACCCAACAUUAGCAUGUAUUUCAUGAAUAAGAAGUACAUUACAAAUAUUUUGAGACGUGAUAUAAUUCAUUUGUCUGUAACAUCGUAUAGCUUUGUAAUCGUGACAUUAUGUACUUUAGAGGAAAAUAGGCAGGUUUGUCGACUCAGCCUAACAACUUCAACGCGAUUAGUCGACAGUCUGCUGGAUGGUGCCUUAUACGUUGAUAUCUCUGUAUUUAUUUAACAUCUCUGGUUAAAGAAUUCUGUGCAUCCCCGGCCUCAUUCACAUUGUAGCUAUCGGUUUCUAUUCGGAGGCAUUUUGGGAGUUGAAAAAUCACUUCCGGCAAGUAACUUGGAUGGUAAAGGUUAAAGCUAUUAAAGGUAGCCUUGCUCUGGUCUCAAAACAUUCACAUUGGUGGGAUAUAUCCGAGCAAAUUCUGCAUUGAUCUCGCCUGCUUCAAAGUGUUUAAAGAGGAGGAAUUCAAGAAAAGCGAUGAAACAGCAAGACGUUACUGCUCUCUCUUCCAAGUAUUAUCAAAUCUUUGGUAUGAUACAUAACUAGCUACUUACACGGUUUUGAACGUUUGCUUGCUAGAUAACGUUAGCGAACCUCAGUUUAUGCGUUAGCUCGGUGCCACCAAAUAUAGGACAACGUUGCAAAUCGAACCCAAAAGUUAGUACAGACAAAUAAUACGAACUAGUUUUCAUGCGACUUGUUAGCUAGGUGCUGUGGAAUAAUGGGUUUUAGUUCAGCAACGAGUUAUCAACCACGCUCAAUUGAGUUUUUCAUGUGAGCAUUGGAGAUUGUUUCGGUAUUUUAAUGGGAGGCGGGCUGCGUUGGAGUGCAUCUAGUGGGCGACACUUGCGAAGAAGGCGGAGGUGCCGGCGACCUGCUAGGCUUGGAUGGAGUCGCUUGCCGGGUACGUCUACAAAGCGGCCGCUGAGGGCCGAGUCCUGACGCUGGCCGCCUUGCUGCUCAACCACUCCAAGCCAGAGACACGAUAUAUACUGCGUUAUGUGACCCACCUCGCCGGCCAAAGGUCAACUCCUCUCAUCAUCGCAGCUCGAAACGGACAUGACAAAGUUGUGAGGCUGCUGCUGGAUCACUACAGGGUGGAUACUGAACAAACUGGCACAGUCAGAUUUGACGGGUAUGUCAUUGAUGGGGCCACUGCUCUGUGGUGUGCGGCUGGCGCAGGACACUUUGAGGUAGUCCGCCAGUUGGUGUGCCACCAGGCCAAAGUCAACCACACCACUGUCACCAACUCCACCCCCCUGAGGGCAGCCUGCUUUGACGGGUGUCUGGACAUUGUGAAAUACCUGGUGGACCACCAGGCCAAAAUCGGCAUCGCCAACAAGUAUGACAACACCUGCCUGAUGAUUGCUGCCUACAAGGGCCAUACGGACGUAGUGGGCUUCCUGCUGGAGCAUGGAGCUGACCCUAACUCCAAGGCCCACUGUGGGGCCACCGCCCUGCACUUUGCUGCUGAGGCGGGCCAUCUGGACAUCGUUAAGGAGCUGGUGCGCUGCCAGGCUGCCAUGGUGGUGAACGGCCACGGCAUGACACCGAUCAAGGUGGCGGCGGAGAGCUGCAAGGCGGAGGUGGUGGAGCUGCUGCUGUCUCAUGCCGACUGUGGCCCGCACAGCCGCAUCGAGGCCCUUGAGCUGCUGGGUGCCUCGUUCGCCAACGACCGGGAGAACUAUGACAUCCUCAAGACCUAUCACUACCUGUACCUGGCCAUGCUGGAGCGCCACCGCGAUCCCGUCAGCCUCAUCGCCAAGGAGCUGCUUCCGCCCAUCGAGGCCUACAGCGGCCGGGGCGAGUGCCGCACCCUGCAGGAGCUGGAGGCAAUCCGGGCAGACCGCAACGCGCUGCACAUGGAGGGCCUGAUGGUGCGUGAGCGUAUUCUGGGAUCGGAUAACAUUGACGUGUCGCACCCCAUCAUCUACCGGGGAGCUGUGUACGCCGACAAUAUGGAGUUCGGCCAGUGCAUCAAGCUAUGGCUGCACGCGCUGCACCUGCGUCAGAAGGGCAACCGCAACACGCACAAGGACCUGCUGCGGUUCGCCCAGGUCUUCUCCCAGAUGGUGCACCUGAAGGAGCCGGUGGGGGCGGAGCCAGUGGAGCAGGUGUUACACUGCAGCGUGCUGGAGAUCCAGAGGAACAUCGCAAGGGUGGAGGCGGCGCCUGAGGCAGGGCUGCACACGGCCAUGGACAACUACGAGUCCAAUAUGUUCACCUUCCUCUACCUGGUGUGUAUCAGCACCAAGACUGUGUGCGGCGAGGAGGCACGUGCCCAUGUCAACGAGCAGAUAUACAACCUGAUCCAGCUGGACCCGCGUUCACGGGAGGGCUUGUCCCUGUUGCACCUGGCCAUCAGCUCCAGCACGCCUGUGGACGACUUCCACACCAAUGACGUGUGCAGCUUCCCCAAUGCUCAGGUCACCAAGCUGCUGCUGGACUGCGGUGCGCAAGUGAACGCGGUGGACCACGAGGGCAACAGUCCUCUGCACAUCAUCGUCCAGUACAACCGGCCUAUCAGCGACUUCCUGACACUGCACGCCAUCAUCAUCAGCCUGGUGGAGGCUGGCGCCCACACUGACAUGACCAACAAGCAGAAGAAGACGCCACUGGACAAGAGCACCACAGGUGUGUCGGAGAUCCUGCUUAAGACCCAGAUGAAGAUGAGCCUCAAGUGCCUGGCGGCACGUGCCGUCCGCCAGCACCAAAUCACCUUCCGCAACCAGAUCCCUAAGACCCUGGAGGAGUUUGUGGAGUUCCACUGAUCCACCUGGCUAAGGAGGCUUUUUAAACCAUUUAGAAAACGUGUGUUCUUGUGAUUUAAAAAAAAUUGUAUAUAUUUUUUUAUUGUUCUAAUUUUCUAUCAAAUCAAAAUGGUGCUUGCUGCUGAUGAUGAUUAGGAAUAGUCAGAUGCAUUUAGUUUUUUAAAACAAUGGUUCCUUUUUUCUGUUUUAGAUAUGAAUCACAAGUACCAGCAGCAUCUCCCAUAUCUCUCCCACUGAAGUGUUACGGUCUGUGGCUGUCAUUGUGACACAGUGGGUGUCACUAGCAGAAUGAGGAAAUUGUCAGCCAACUUUGAGCUUUCACUUUCCCCAAAGUCUUCCAAAGAGAAUACCUGGCAAAGCCAAGCAUCCACACAAUGGUGACAACAGCAGCACCUUUUGGCUGCUUUUAGUGCAUGGACCUAAUUGUCCCAGACUCUUAGCUAGGUUCGCAACCAUGAAAAGUAGCAUUACUCUAUUGAUUAAUUUUGCAGGUUGCCUGUUGAAGUGGUGUUGUAUGCAGGUUUGCAGUGAUUAUUAAGGCCCGUUGUUUGAGCAAGUGAAUGUGUGUCUGUGAGAGAAGAGAUGAGAAGGUAGUAGUUGAAUUUAGAACUUUGUACUUAAGAGUUUGUUUUUUCAUAACCAAUAUAAAAAAAAGGUUUAUUUAAGAGGUGUGUGAUUUUGUUUUGUACUUAAAAAUAUAUGUAUAAUGAGCUUUCUUUUACAUGAACACUGACUGGUAAAGAUGUGCCUUAUUUUAUAUUUUGGAAUAAUUAGGCCUAGAUAUCCCUUGUAACCAAGUCACCAACACUUGGGUUGUUGGCCCUCCUGACUUGCUUGGCUUCUGUGUGUGGAGACUUCACGGCUUUGGUUGAGCAUUGCCACAUAAUGACCGUUUUUAAAUGGAUGCUGCUGGUAUUGAUGUUUGAGCAUGUCUUCCAUUCUCUGUCUUGUGUUUGUGUGUGGGUACACAUGCUAAGCGAAUGAGAGAGGGACUGUGGAUUGUUCGUGACGGUGUUGAAUGUUGGCUUUUAGCCUUUUCCACUCAUGCUUGCAACCUGUCCUUUGUCCUUAACAACUAACGAUUCUAAUGUCUGUCAUUUUGUGUGUUCGAAUCAGAUGAUCAGAGAUUAAAGCUGAGAAUGAAAGGUGAUUCGAUUCAAGAUUUUCAUCCAAGUGAAUCAUAGCGUGGUGUUGUACAACUGAAAAUGCUAUAUUGAUUUGACCAGAUUUUACUUAACCGUGUGACCGUAUGUUUUUAUUUUGGGGGGCUUGAGUGGAGAUUGUAUGUAUUUGUAUUUUGUGCAAGUUAGCCUAAAGACAGUAUAACUCUGUGCUUCUUCAUCAGUUUACGUUUAUCAGAAAUGCCAAUACCAAAUGUUUUAACAUUGGUCCAAAAAAUGUCAUGUGUAAAUGUAACAUUUUCUGACAUCCAAGAGGGUAGUAUCAAAAUUGGUCCAAUGCCGCAUGCAAUGACCCACAUGUCACGCAUACAGAUGGCUUCUGGAUUGAGUCAGAGCAACAGUGGGCUUAAAUCUUAACUGAUAAUUCCACACAAACACACACAGCUAUCAUUUCAUAUGGAAUCUGGCCAAUUUACCCUGUUGCUAUACAGAUAUUGCUCAAUUGUUAGGAUUUUUCAAUUUCAUGUGAUAUGAUGGAAUGUGUUUUAUUUUUAAAUGUAUUUUUUACCUCCCUUUUUCUUCCCAAUUUCGUGAUAUCAAAUUACGAUCUUGUCUCAUUGCUGCAACUCCCCAAUGGGCUUGGGAGAGGUGAAGGUCGAGUCAAGCCUCCUCUGAAACAUGACCCGCCUAACCGCACUUCUUAACACAUGCCAGUUUAACCCGUAAGCCAGCUGCACCAAUGUGUUGGAGGAAACAACACCAUCUUACUGACAAAUGAAGUCAUCCUGCAGGCACCUGGCCUGCCACAUGGAGUUGCUAGAGUGCGAUGAGCCAAGUAAAGCCCUUCUGGCCAAACCCUCCCCUAACCCGGACAACGCUGAGCCAAUUGUGUGCUGCCGUAUGGGACAAAACUGUCGUAACAUUCAAUUAUCAAUUCAUUUCUGUCAUACCAUUCAAUUAUCGAUUAAUUUAAUUAAUUAUUGCACCAUGCAAUCAAUGAUCAGUUCCUAAGAUGUCUUUUCCUUAUCUAUACUGUCUGCACCAUGAUCUAUUUAGCCUGUGCACAUAUGACAGACAGUUGUUGGUGGGAGCAGAUCCCUGGAGGAGCGUGUAUUGAUCCUGCUGUGGAAUUCAUUGUGGCCAGCAGUUCUAACAAAUGAGUCACUCAGAAAAACAAAUCAUGACUCUCGAGUCGGUAGAAAUGGUUGUUUCAGUGGAAGGGCUCAGCACAGCAAGACUGGUGUGCUUUUUGGCCAAUGGCAAAGUGGGAUAAGGGCACCGAGCUGGCACCCACAUUCUCAUGUCUGGGGUGUGCUGGGGGUCCCUGAGAGCUGGGGCUGAAGCAGGUCCACACUCGCCAUGGUUACCGCUCUUCUGGCGUCUUCCCGAUAGCUACUUGCUCCUCCUCAUCCUUCUGCCUGUUGAAGAAGCCCCGCUGGGAAGGCAGAGAGAGGGGAAAGAGUGAAACCCAGGGGUUAAAGCAAAGAAAAUCACUCAAUCUCUGAUUGUCUGCGGGGCCAAGUUAACCUCCCCUUUCAUGUAAAAAAAAAGUUAUGGCCAUCAUGUUGUUGUUGUUGGAAAAGAGUACUGUAAUGAUCUUUUGUGCAUGUAUUAAACUGAAAGUUUGACCAA